AUGUUUAAUAGUGCUUUAAAUUGGGUUCAAGAGGGAGUGUCCCGCAAGGAUUUCGAAUGUAAGGACAAACGGACCGUCUAUUGGUUCACUGCAAAGGAGGGAUCGCAGGUGAUACACUUUAUAUCCGCUGCGGAUUUCCAUGUGCGGCCUCCUGCAAUAAUUGUUUUGCACUCGAACUUCAUGGAUUCCACGGUUUCCAUUAAUUGCACGGCGUAUGAGAAAAAUGCGACAUUCCGGAAUUCGGUUAAAGUUUCGGCGGUAACGGCGUCCUACGGCUUGGUUUUGUAUGAGCUAUGCGACUACAUUGAUAUCGGUGAUAAAGCAGAGCUUCCUCCAGACACGGAUUGCCACAACUAUUUUGGCUCCAAUCUUGACUGGGAAUUAAAGGACGCGAUGCCUAAUAGCGCCAAUGAAGUCACCGUUUCUUUUAUCGGAACGAAACUUAAUGAUUCUGGUGAUUUAUUUCUUCCAGGUGGAUCGGUGAAGGUGCAAUUCACCGUUUAUGCUAAAGACACAAAACCUUAUGAUGCCUUCUAUUAUGAAGUUGCCGGCGGACUGUGCGUAGAAGUCCGCAUUGUCAUCGACCGAUUGAAGGCAAAGAACGAACAAACUCGUGUUGCUCCUGUUCUCCUGGUCUUUUCUAAUCAAUCCAUGGAGGACGAUGACGAUUUUGUCCAGGUUUCUGGGUACUCCCGGACAAUGUUCGAUGGGCCCUUGGGAAAACUACCAUCUCAAUAUAUACUCUUGGAUAAGCGUGUGAAAGCCGGACAGAUGGGGCACGAUACUCCCCCGGCUUACAUUCAGAGCGUCCCUGUGAGUAUAACGAAUCCGGACCCAGUUGGCGCUUCUCACAGUCUUAGACUCGCAAAUCUAGCAUACAGAAAACUGGUUAAACACAGUAGCACCGCAAAGAAGUACUCGCGCAGUCUGGUCUACGCCUAUUAUGGAGACCGUUUUAACCAAGUACAUCAAGGUUCCCAUGAGGGAUACGUGGGUGCCAGGGAGCAGUUUGUCAACUUGGGCACCCCUAAGGAUGGGUUUUAUGUGGCCAGCAAUUAUUCCGCCUGGACUUUAUUGCUGCACCUGGGCACACCCGAUUUGCAACCAACUGGAUCACAAAACCCAGCAGUAGUUGCAUCUCUAACAAUUGUUGGCCUUGCAGUGGUGGCCGGUGGUGCAGGUGUGGCCUACCGUCGCCGUCGUCAACUUUUGGCUCAGCAACUUGUCCACCGGGUUGAGCCGCAGUUUGGAGAGCCGGUAGCCACCACAGUACGGGAACGAAUGGAUCCCGUUGAACCGUUUCAACGACGCAAAAUGUUCUCCCUCUUUCGAAAUCGCCGUCCGGGCGAAACCUCGACCGAACCACUGCUUACCGACCCGCCGCCUUCUUAUGAUUCGGUGAGCAAUACGGAUCUAUAACAAGUGACCGCACUCUCCACUCACCCAAUGUCAUUGGGUGUUUUCAUAGGCGCCAUUCACAUGCCAUUUCCAUGCCAUCAUUUUUCUAGAUGUCAGUAAUAAUAUAACUGUUCUUUCUAAAUGUCAUCCUUUUUUGUUAGAAUAGAUCAACUCCAACAGCCCCCCCCCCGUAUCAGUGCAGCAUUAGUGAGAUUCAUUUGCUACUCGAAAACGUGAGCUGUGUAAACUUGUUUAAUGGAAAAA